AUAAGAAUAUAUAAUCCUGUAUUAUUUAGGAAGCAGGUUUCCCCUCCCUGUGCUGCUCCCACGCUGCCUCCGCAAGCUGGUGUUGGUUCGCCUUUGAUCUGGGGAAUUUUUGAUUUUUGGGGACCCCAGUGCCCCCCCACACCGCAUAAUGGGGCGAGUGCCUCGGGGCCAAGCCGUGGAGCAGAGGAGGAACCAAGCGUCUGGCUGCUCAGCGCCUCGACCGACCGGCUCUGCGAAUAGCCAAGUGCCAUCAUUAGGCUUCAGAGCGAACAAGCGCCACGGCGCAGCCCACGGAAGGGGGGUUUUCUGAUUUUCCCCAUGUCCGGGGGAAUCGGGCAUGGGAAGCAGGGCUCGGCCACUCGUGGGGACGAGACCCCCUCAGUUCCACCGGAAAAGGGGGAAAAAUUCGGGUCUUAUCGGCAGGAGGCAGCGGGGAGGCUCUGCGGCAGCGGGGCCGGGAGCGCCAGGGAGGCAGACAGGCGGAGGAGAUGAAAGCAUCUAUUUUAAGCCUGCCUUUGGCUGGCGGCCUGGAACACGCCGGCUUGGCGUUUUCUCCCCCAAAUCUCCCUUUUUUGCACAGCUCGGGCAGAGGGAAGGAGGCGACGUCCUCGGUGCCUCUCGAGGGGACCCAGCUGCGCUGGGAGAGCUUCGCAGGACGUCCCCCGUGGGCUCCCGUGACCGGAUUCCUGCCGGGGAGGAAGGAAAAGAAGGCGGCGGUGGGAAAUUGCUCGGCGGGAAGAAGGGUGCAACGUGGAGAACGCCUGCUACAGCCUGGGGGUGUGCGCCGAGCGCACGGCCAUCCAGAAAGCCAUCUCGGAGGGGCACACUCGCUUCAGGGCCAUGGCCAUCGCCAGCGACAUGGGGACCGACUUCAUCGUGCCCUGCGGUGCCUGCCGACAGGUGAUGAGAGAGUUCGGCAAGGACUGGGACGUCUACCUGACCAAACCCGACGGCACCUACAUCGUCAAGACGCUGGACGAGCUCCUGCCCCUCUCCUUCGGCCCCGAGGACCUGAAGAAGGCGUGAGCCUGCGUUUUUCCCUUCCAGCACCAAGGGAAGGGGGGACGGGGCAGGUUGCUCCCCAGUUUUCCCGGCACGCAUGUGGCUCCCCUGGGACGACGUGAUGCAAAAUGCUUUCCUGGUGUUACGUCCGAAGCUCUUCUGUCGCUCCCUCUUGAUUCAGUGCUGAUUUGCGGGCCGGGUGCAGGCCCCGCCUUGCCCUGGGGUGCACAGAAAGGCCAAAUCAAAUGGUAGAAAUUCCCUGCUUUUUUUGGAAAAAAAAAACCUCACGCCCGUGCACACCGAGCUCUGCCCGGGCACCGCUCCGGCCCCAGGAGCAGCUCCACAAAAAGGAAGAGGAUUUGGUGCACGGCUCAAGCUUGGGGCCAUUGGGCUGAUGGAAAUCAUUUGGAUCCAUCAGGCAUACGAAGCCAGAAGGAUGCAAAACCGGGGACAAAAUGCAGCAAUUUCAGCUCUAAAUAAGAACAGGAAGCAAAAAGCUGCUGCCGGUCCGCAAGGUCAGCAACACGCCGUUCGGCGCAGGGGCAGCUCUGAUGGUGCGAUGAGUUGUCACCGGUGUCACCGCCCUAAGCCUCUCCUCCUGCCUGCUUCUCUCCAGCAUGUUUGUGCUUGCUUUUCUUCUCUUAGUGGUGACAAAGAAGGAGUUCUGGGGGAGCCCGCUGAUCAAUUAUGCAAUUAAAUUAUGCAGAAUGAAAAAAAAA